AUGACGAGCGGGGACUUGCCCCCUCUCGCUGCCGUGCGGAUCUGCUAUGAGAACCUGACUGGAUCCUGUGUCAAAACCCCCUACUCGCCAGGCCCCCGCCUGCUGCUGUGCGCCGUGUUCGGCUUGGGAGCAGUGCUGGCUGUGUGUGGAAACCUCCUGGUGAUGAUUUCCAUCCUCCACUUCAAGCGGCUGCACUCUCCUGCCAACUUUCUCCUCGCCUUUCUGGCCGGCGCUGACUUCCUGGUGGGGGUGACCGUGAUGCCCUUCAGCAUGGUCAGGUCCAUGGAGAGCUGCUGGUACUUUGGGCAGACUUACUGUACGUUGCACUCUUGUUUCGAAGGAUCAUUCUGUUAUGCUUCCAUCUACCACUUGUGUUUCAUUUCUCUCGACAGAUACAUUGCGAUCACUGACCCUCUGGUCUAUCCAACCAGGUUCACUGCCUCUGUUUCUGGCUUGUGCAUUGCCUUCUCCUGGCUCCUUUCCGUUGUUUAUACUUUUUCGCUUCUUGGCACAGGUGCAAAUGAAGCUGGGCUGGAGGAUCUAGUAAGUGCUCUCACCUGUGUGGGAGGCUGUCAGAUUGCAGUGAAUCAAAGUAGGGUGUUGGUAAAUUUUCUAUUAUUUUUCAUUCCCACACUCGUGAUGAUAAUGGUUUACUCCAAGAUUUUCCUCAUCGCUAAACAACAGGCUAGAAACAUUGAAAGGAUGAGCAAUGAGACUGCGAGAUCAUCAGACAGCUACAAAGACAGAGUGGCCAAGAGGGAGAGAAAAGCAGCAAAAACCCUGGGAUUUGCAGUGACUGCUUUUCUGAUUUCCUGGCUGCCCUACUUCAUUGACUCAGUCAUCGAUGCCUUCCUAGGUUUCGUCACACCCACAUAUAUGUAUGAAAUAUUGGUUUGGGUUGCUUACUAUAACUCAGCAAUGAAUCCCUUGAUUUAUGCUUUCUUUUAUCCUUGGUUUCGAAAAGCCAUCAAACUCAUUGUCACUGGAAAACUCUUAAGAGAAAAUUCCUCAACAAUAAAUUUAUAUUCUGGGUAG